AUGAACAACGACCUGCAGGAAGCGCAGUACAAUAUCUUGAGUUCAGACACUCCCACCCAGUUGAUUCGGUCCGAAAUUUACGCUACUAUCGAUAUCUUCAUUAGCAACAUGGGCAAUAACAUCGCUCAACCUAUCACCUACCAGGACUCAGCUCGGACCACUAUCCGGUGGUGGCCGAAGUACGCUACUCUUCCCACCGAUGUUGGGAAUGCCCUACCAGCGGAAGUGAAGCGGACGAAGAAAAGGAAGAAGAAUCAGGGCCAGUCCGAUGGUGCGAGUGGCCGUGACACCAUGACGAACGUCAGCGACAUCGGUGAAUUCGGCGGUACCGUCGAGCAUGAAAAUUCUGCCGUCCCGAGUACGGCAAAAGUCAAGCUUCCUCCACUGGUGGUGAUGAAAGUGCCACUCAACACGCUCAUUAGCGAGCUCACAUCGCUGGGCGUUGCAGCUGAAUUCAAGCUGAGCAGGAUCGGCACCAAGGUGAUGCUGCGUACCAAAGCGGAGUACGAAGCAACCGUGAAGUACCUGAAGGAUUCCAGGGCGGAAUACUUCACACAUGACAUCCCCGGUGAGAAGCCCUUCAAGGUAGUCAUCAGGGGCUUACCGAACUUCAACCCCAAGUCGAUCGAAGAAGAACUUAAGGACCGUUACAAGCUAGCCCCAAUCGCAGUCUUCCGGAUGACGAGGAGAGACGAAAACGUGAAAACGUACCCGGAUUGCCUUUUCCUGGUUCAUUUCCAGAAGGGAACGGUGACGCCCAAUGCGUUGAAGGCCAUCCGCUCCAUCAACUUCAUCAUUGUUCAAUGGGAGCCAUACCGUGGCGGCCGUCACGACGUCACCCAGUCCAGUUCUUGA